UGAUGUUCCUCAAUGGCCACAAGCGCAAGCGACCUGCAGAGGGGCCCCUGGAUCCAUGUCUGGCUACUUCCCAAGCUAAACUCGUCUCUCAGUCCUGCAAUUCACAGCCCACGCCUGUAUUUGAAUUGGAAAAGGAACUAGAACAGAAUGGGGAAAAUUUGUCUCCAGGAACUACAGCUAGGUUCCUGAAAAGUACCCAAAGUAGUCAAGAGGAGAUUUGUUCUACGCCUGGAGCAGUCAGCGGAGUACUUUGUGGAAAACUGCAAAAACUAGUUUUGAAGAAUUUCAUGAAUCAUCGACAUCUUGAAGUCCCAUUCGGAGAUAAAAUUAAUUUCGUCACUGGUAAAAACGGAAGUGGAAAAUCAGCCAUAGUUACUGCUCUACUAAUUGGACUUGGUGCCAAAGCAAGUUUCACCCAAAGAGCCGCAUCCACAAAGGGUUUGAUCAGAAAAGACGAAAGUGCGGCUACAGUCGCGAUUCAUCUCUCGAAUGAGGGCAAGAACCCCUUCCAAAGAGAAACCUACGGGCCCACCAUUGUAAUCGAACGCCGAAUUACUCAAAGUGCUUCCACGUAUAAAAUUAAAACGCAUAGAGAUAGGACUAUUGGGACUACGGCUACAUUAAUGCACAGAGUAUUAGACCAUUUUGAUAUUUGUAUCGAUAACCCGACUACUAUUUUGACUCAAGAUAUGAGUCGAGAAUUUUUGGCCACGGCAGAACCCACUAAGAUGUACUCUUUCUUUAAACAAGUGACGAGGCUCGAUUUGCUGGAAGACGAUUUGAAGGAAAUCAAGGCAAAUGUGGAAAAAGGACAAAAAGUUGUCGAAAGAACAAAAGAAAAGCUAGCACAUUUUCUAGAGCAAAUUAAGAAAGUUCAAGUUCGAAUCAAAGCAUGUGAUUCAAAAGAGCAGCUCCAAUUAAAACGGAGGAGACUGCAAGUUGAACUGUUGGUUGUAAUGAAAAAAGACUUGGACGCGAAGAAGUUUGAGUUACAGCGGAGAGUAACAGACAAAGAGCGCAACAUUGAAAUGAGACGGCAGAAGAUUGCCGACUCACAGAGAGAAGUCGACAAAAUCGAAACCGAACGGCAAAAAGUUCAAACUGAAAUAGAUGAUCUAAAUAAACAAACACAUCUGCUUAACGAAGAGAAAUCUAACAAAGAAAGCAUCUAUCGUGAGGCAAAUCGCACCUCAAGUGCAGUCAAAAUGAGCAUUCAGAGCAAAGAAAGCUCAAUCCGAAAUCUGAAAAAGGAGCUUGCGGCUAUGGAAAAGGUAAUUCUGCAGCACAGAGCUAGAAACGAGAACGAGUAUGCCCAAGAGAGCAGGAAGUUACAGGAAAAAUUAGCUGAGCUAGAAAAAGAAAUUGAAGAGAGUAAAAGUGAAGCGCAAAGUGCGGAUGGGAAACUGAAACAAGUUAAUGACAAUGAAGACCGGCUGAGGCAAGACCUGAGGAUGUAUAGACAUCAAAUAGCGAUGCAUGAGUCAGAUAUCAAGCAGAUGGAGACUAGAGUCCGCCAGUUGAAGGAGUCCAAAGACAACCACCUUAAACUGUACGGAUUACAUGUUCCGGAGUUACUGGAAGCGAUCAAAACUGAGGCGAGGUUCUCGAAGACACCGAAAGGUCCCUUAGGCAGGUACAUUAAAGCUUCGAAGGCCGAAUAUGAAAUACCAAUUGAGCAAUGCAUCGGAAGUGGUUUAAUGACGGGUUUCAUGUGCGACAAUCGAAGUGAUGCUGCUAUUUUACGCGGGAUCUUCGAGCGGGUAAUUGGGCGUGACAGGAAGCAAACUUUCCCUCAACUUAUUGUCCAGAGUUUUAUGAACACAAUUUAUGACACAUCGGGUCACAAAUCACAAACUAAUUCGCAGCCGACUUUGCAAGAGGUAAUCAAUUGUGAGGAUCCGGUGGUUAUGAACUGCUUAAUAGACCAAGUGUCACCGGAAAAUAUAAUAAUAUUCAACUCUUUGAAGGAGGCGAGACAGGUCCUGAUUAUGUCGGAUCCUCCUGCCAAAACUGAGAAGGGAAUCUGCCUAAAUGGAUCCGAAGUUAUUCCUGGAAGGGCCGUGUAUGCUAAUAAUGUAAAAGAGUGCAAUUUUUUCCAGCGUGACGACAUUUCACACAAGAUCGCAACAACACAAGAGCAAAUUGAAACCAUAAAGAGAGACAAAGCGGCGGCUGAAAUCGAAAUAAGAUCGCUGGAUGAGAAGUUCAAGUCCAAUAAGGAAGUUCAGAAAUCUUUGCUUGAGACUAAGUUUUCUCGUGAGCGUAAAUUUGAAUCAGCUUCAAGAUUAGCAAAAGAAGUGAAGCGAGAUUUGGAUCAACUCCUCUCAGACGAGACAACAGAAGUAUACGAGAGUGAAAUACGUGACGAUGCUUCUAAGUUAGAAAAGGAAGAAGCGUCGCUGGUUCAGAUUAAAAACACACUAGAAAAAUUGAAAUUGGAGGAAGAAUCCGCCAAAUCAGAGUUUCAUAGCUUGCAAGAAAAAUAUAAUUGUUUACGCAAUGAGUUGAGGUCCAAAACAAACAGGGUCCAAAAUUUAAAUGUGCAACUUUCUGAGCAUGUGGAAACUAAAAAGUUUUAUCAAACUAGUAUAGCGCCAAUUGAGAGAGAAAUUCAAGAUAACAAAGCUGCUUGUACAAAUCUGGACACUCAAAAUUCCAAUUUGCAGCAAAAAAUUGAUGAGCAGGUUUUAGAUCAAGAGGAAUACGGAAGAAUGAUGCGUUCCCGUAGAAGCAAGGCUGACAUUGAAAAAGCGUUAGUAGAUUCGAGAAAUUUGUUGGCCGCCAAGGAGAAGGAAAAUCCAGAAAACAGAGCGGAUCUCGAGGCGCAACUUGCAAUUCAAACUGAUAAGUACUCCUUGGCCGAGAGUGAAAUUUCAGAGAGAGAAGAGUUGCUGGCUGUACUUCAAGAUGCACUCAAGUUCAGACAGACAAAGUUUUUGAGUCUGCGUGAAAAUGCGACAGUUACGAUGGCCAACGGGUUUGCUCAUCGGCUGGGGUUACGUGGAAAUGGAUAUUCAGGGAAGCUAGUGUUUGAUCACGAGGCCAAGACCCUGGAUAUACUGAUCAAGACUAAGUCGGACAAAGUUCUGAAGAAUAAAAGUCAGCUGUCGGGUGGUGAAAGAUCCUUCACCACUGUGUGUUUCAUUACAGCAAUGUGGAGUGCUGUGUCAGGAACCUCGCCAUUCAAGAUACUGGACGAAUUCGAUGUGUUCAUGGACAUGGUGAAUCGGAAAGUGAGCAUGGACUACCUUUUGGAGUUCGCCACCACAGAGGCCUCAGAAGUUGGUGAAGAGCGCCUUGCCAGCAGUCCAACUGGCUCCCAGUUCAUCUUCUUCACACCCCUGGACCUGGGCAAUCUGAGAACGAGGCCAGAAGAUGUGAAGAUAUUCCGCAUGCCAGACCCAGAAAGAUACCAGAGACAGUCCAAUCUGACUCAGUUUUUCAACGAGUCAGAAGAACAAACAGAGCCAACUCAGUAGGAGUAAAACGAACUGGUAGAUUAAAACUGGUCGAGUAAGAACUAUAGAAAUGAAUUUGUUUGAAAAUCCCUAUAAAGUAGUUUUAAUUCACAGACAAGAAGUUUCAAGUAGUAUUAUCGAAUUGAUUGAAAAUGUUCUGAUCGAGCUAAAUUGAAACCAAUCCAUUGUGAGCAUCCAUUCGCUGACGUACCUGAUUUAAUACUGAGCUCUUUUCUGUGAAUAAAGUGUUCCUUGUUUUAUCUCAGGACCUCCAUGUCUUGUUUUUCCGGUGUUUUAUCGGUUGCUUAAAGAUUCCAAAUUGUUUUGCUUACUUACUUUUAUUUAUUGUUUUGAUUUUAGAUUUAUUUUCUCGGAGCAACCGUACAAUUUCUCCCCCUAAGUGACCUACCGGAGAAUGUCCCUCCAACCACGUAAAUUUUUGAAAGUUGAUAUUGUAGAAAAUAUGCGAUAUUGUACGGUUGAUUCAUCUUC